AAUUGUUAGGGGUUUUUUGGUCAGAGUUUGCAGUUUUACCCAGUUGUGUGGUGAAGAUUUAUUAUUGUGUGCUUCAAACAGAAUACUGAGUUUUAAUUCCCUCAUUGGACUGCUCCAUGUUGAAAAGGGGAUUACAGAAAUCAGAUUAUAACUGAGCCGCCUGUAGAAGAAACAGCCUGAGGGAAAUGUUUCUCUUUCAUGGAAUGCCUAUCUUAGACAUUUCAUUCAUUAUGAAUGUUUCUGCUAUGCUGUAAUUUCCAAGGAUAUAUAAGAUUGAAGGCAGUUUCCCUGCAGAAGGAUGCGAUUCAGUGCCAAAGUUAAGCUUUUGCUAUGGAAGAACUGGACACUACGAAAAAGACAAAAGCUCCGUAUUUUCGUGGAACUUGUAUGGCCACUGUCAUUGUUCUUCAUCUUGGUGUGGCUAAGGAAUGCUAAUCCUCUGUAUGGCCAACAUGAAUGCCAUUUUCCAAACAAGGCUAUGCCGUCGGCAGGGUUGUUGCCAUGGUUACAUGGAAUUUUCUGCAAUACCAAUAAUCCUUGUUUCAAAAGUCCUACACGGGGAGAGUCUCCUGGCGUCGUUUCAAACUACAACAAUUCCAUCCUUGCUCGGGCCUAUAGCAAUGCCCAAGAAGUUCUUCUGGAAAAGCCAGAGAUCCGUCACUUGAGUAGAAUGUGGAAAGAACUUUAUACAAUGUCGAACUUGAUGGAUACCCUAAGGACCAACCCUGGAAAAGUUUCGGGACGUGGGAUACGAGUCAAAGAUAUCCUAAAGGAUGAUGAGACUCUGACUUUGUUUUUGUUAAGAGAUAUUGGUCUUUCCGAUUCUGUGGUCUAUCAGCUCAUUAAUGCACAAAUCCGCAUUGAACAGUUUGCUUUCGGGGUGCCAGAUCUGACUUUGAAGGAUAUAGCCUGUAGCCAGACUCUCUUGGAUCGGUUCAUCAUUUUCAGUAGUCGCAGAGGAAUGCAAACUGUACGCAACUCCAUGUGUGUCCUAUCCCAACAGAGGCUGCAAAGAAUAGAAGAUGUUUUGUAUGCAAGCAUUGAUUUCUUCAAACUAUUUGAAAUUCUUCCAACUGUGAUAGACUAUAGCUCACGUGGUAUAGAUCUCCGCUUCUGGGGAAAAGUUAUGUCCAAUUUGUCUGAAUCUCUGAAAGAAUUAGUCCAGAAGCCAAGUAUCCAGGAUCUACUUUGGGUGCUUAGGCCACUUGUGCAAGAUGGAGGACCUACGACCUUCACUCAGCUCAUUAACUCUUUAUCAGACUUGUUCUGUGGGUAUCCUGAGGGAGGAGGAGCCAGAGUUUUCUCUUUCAAUUGGUAUGAAGAUAAUAACUACAAAGUGUUCCUGGGUGUAAACUCUACAAAGAAAGAAACCUACUACCUCUAUGACAAGACCACCACGCCAUUUUGCAAUGCCCUGAUUCAGAGUAUGGAGUCUAACCCUGCAACAAAAAUAGCUUGGAGUGCAAUGAAGCCUCUUCUAAUGGGCAAGGUCCUUUACUCCCCUGAUUCGCCUGCAGUAAGGGAGAUCCUGAAAAAGGCCAACUCAACCUUUGAGCAACUGGAGCGUGUCAGGCAAAUGGGAAAAGCCUGGGAAGAGGUGGGGCCGCAGCUUUGGAACUUCUUUCACAGCAGUGUUCAAAUGAACCUGGUGCGGGACACCAUCAAAAAUCCCACAGUGAAGGAAUUCCUCACCAGACAGCUGGGUGAUGAGGGGUUAACAGCUGAUGACGUAAUCAAUUUUCUUUACAAUGGAAAUCAAGAUGAGCGGCCUGAAGGGCAAGUGAAUUAUGACUGGAGAAACAUCUUUAAUAUCACCGAUCAUGCUAUACGCCUAUUUAAUCAAUACAUGGGGUGUUUGACAUUGGAUAAAUUUGAAGGUCAUGACGAUGAAUCCCAUUUGACACACCAUGCACUUUACUUGUUGGAAGAAAAUAAAUUCUGGGCUGGUCUGGUGUUUCUAGAUAUGUUUCCAUGGACCAACACGUUACCAUCCCAUGUGAAAUAUAAGAUACGGAUGGAUAUUGAUGCAGUGGAGAAAACAAACAAGAUCAAAGACAGAUACUGGGAUCCAGGACCAAGAGCAGAUCCAGUUGAAGAUAUGAGGUACAUCUGGGGAGGCUUUGCUUAUCUUCAGGAUAUGAUCGACCAUGGCAUUAUAAAAAGCCAGACAAGCACUGAAGUACCAGCAGGAAUCUACUUACAACAGAUGCCGUACCCAUGCUUCGUAGAUGAUGUAUUUAUGAUUACACUUAAUCGCUGCUUCCCGAUUUUCAUGGUCCUUGCGUGGAUCUAUUCAAUUUCUAUGCUGGUGAAGGACAUUGUUCUAGAAAAAGAGUUACGAUUGAAAGAGACCAUGAAGAAUAUGGGUGUAACAAAUGAUGUCAUCUGGUUAACGCGGUUCAUUGAUAGCUUUACUGUCAUGACAACCAGCACCAUCCUUCUUACUGUUGUUAUUGUGGUUGGUGGGGUCCUACACUACAGUAACCCGAUAAUCCUAUUUUGUUUCUUGAUGGCCUUCACAAUAGCAACUAUCAUGCAAGCCUUCCUGAUGAGCGUCUUUUUCUCUAAAGCCAAUCUAGCAGCUGCCUGCAGCGGAGUUAUUUACUUCACACUCUAUUUACCGCACAUCCUCUGCUUUGCUUGGCAGGACCGCAUGACCAUCAAGCUGAAAACCUUGGCAAGUUUUCUGUCUCCUGUAGCCUUUGGGUUUGGAACAGAGUAUUUAUCUAGAUAUGAAGAACAAGGUCUUGGGCUACAGUGGGGCAACAUUAGAAAGAGCCCCAUGGAAGGAGAUGAAUACAGCUUCCUGUUUUCAAUUUUUAUGAUGCUUUUAGAUGCCUUUAUUUAUUGGACUCUAGCUUGGUACAUUGAUCAUGUUUUUCCAGGGGAAUAUGGAAUCCCAAAACCAUGGUAUUUCCCAUUUUUGGCAACCUAUUGGUGCAAAUUUGAACAUGAAUUUGGAGGGGAUGCUGAUUCAAUAGAGACUGAGCUGUCGAUUCAUGAGCACAUUGAAGAGAAUCACAUAGAACCAACAGAUAAUCAACCUGAAGCCCUCCCUGAUGGUGUGAAAGAAGAAGCAGAAAAAUCAGUGAAACAGGACGAUAUAAUAGUUAACAAAGAUUCUUCUGCUUGCAAACACAAGGUUAAGAAAGAAAAGGAGCAGGAAGAGAAGCAAAGGAAAGAUGAACAGGAAAAAGAGAGGAAUGACAAAGAUGAUAUGAAAGAUGGUUUUACCUAUAUAGGUAAUCCAUUUUUUGAACCUGAGCCACCGGGUAUGGUUCCAGGAGUCUAUAUUCAGGACUUGGUGAAAGUGUAUGAAAAUACAUACAAGCCUGCUGUGGACAGAAUGAACAUCACAUUUUAUGAAGGGCAGAUAACUGCUUUCCUUGGUCACAAUGGUGCUGGAAAAACAACAACCUUAUCAAUCAUAACUGGCUUGUUCCCACCAACAUCAGGAACAGUAUGGGUACGUGGUAGAGAUAUUCAGACACACAUGGAUUCAAUCCGACAAAGUCUUGGAAUGUGCCCACAGCACAACAUCCUUUUUCGCCACUUGACAGUGGAAGAGCACAUUCUCUUUUAUGCUCAACUGAAAGGCAAAUCUAGAAAGCAGGCUGAAAGGCAAGCAGAGGUUAUGUUGGAAGACAUGGGUAUCCCCCAUAAAAGAAAUGAUGAGGCACAAAACCUAUCUGGUGGAAUGCAAAGAAAAUUGUCUGUAGCUUUGGCAUUUGUUGGUGAAUCAAAAGUUGUGGUCUUGGAUGAACCCACUUCAGGUGUAGACCCAUACUCCAGAAGGUCAAUAUGGGAUUUGCUGCUCAAAUAUCGCUCAGGAAGAACAAUUAUCCUUUCAACGCAUCACAUGGAUGAGGCAGAUCUACUUGGAGACAGAAUAGCUAUCGUAUCCCAAGGAAAACUCUUUUGCAGUGGCUCCCCGUUAUUCCUAAAGAACUGUUUUGGCACAGGCUUCUACCUUACUCUGGUUCGUAGGAUGAGAAAUAUCAAAGACACUGGAAAGAAAGAUUCUGCUUCCUGCCAGUCCGACUGUUCCUGUCCAUGUUCAAGCUGUACACCAAAAGUGAAGGAAAAUCUUCUAGAACAAGAGUUAGACGGAGAUGUAAGCGGGCUAACAGAAUUAAUUCAUCACCAUGUUCCCGAAGCAAAAUUAUUAGAAAGCAUUGGCCAGGAGCUGAUAUAUCUUCUUCCAAGCAAAGAUUUCAAGUUCCGUGCCUAUGCCAGCCUCUUCAGAGAACUGGAGGAAACUCUUGGGGACUUGGGACUAAGCAGCUUUGGCAUUUCUGAUACACCACUAGAGGAGAUUUUCCUGAAAGUUACAGCAGAUUCGGUGACUGGAACAGAGACUCCAGAGGAAUGGAUGUUACAACAAAGGAAAUCGCGAACAAGUCUAGGAGUGGAUAACCAGACAACUGUAAUCAAUAUUGAUAAUAAAGGCCAAGAAUCAUCCAUCAGAAAGGAUUCUCACCACUGCAAAGCAGAAAAAAAUCCACCUAAUAUCAAUGACAGAGAGGCAGAUGGAAGAGGGUCCCGGCAAAUAAAGGGCACAGAGCUACUACAACAACAGUUCAAUGCACUGAUAAUUAAACGAUUUAAGCAUGCCACUAGAAGCCAUAAGGAUUUCUUUGCGCAGAUUGUUCUUCCUGCCAGUUUUGUGUUGCUGGCUCUUGUAUUUACUCUCAUUGUUCCUCCAUUUGGAGAGUAUCCCAGUCUAACUCUUCACCCCUGGAUCUAUGGGCAACAGUUUGUUUUCUUCAGCAAUGAGCAGCCUGGGAAUGAGCAGAUGGCUACCUUUUCCAAUGCAUUCUUAAACAGUCCAGGGCUUGGAACACGCUGUAUGAAAGACCAACCACUAUCCAAAAAGUAUCAAUGCACUAAUACCUCAAAUGAAUGGACCAUGCCUGCUGUGUCUCCAAGUGUAACCAACAUGUUGUUAUCUCAAGAAUGGACGCGUGAUAAUCCAUCCCCAUCAUGUACUUGUAGUUCAAGGAGUAAGCUGAUGAUGCUCCCAGAAUGCCCUGAAGGUGCUGGGGGACGCCCUCCUCCACAGCGGAUCCAGCCCAGCUCUGAGAUAAUUCAGGACCUCACUGAACGAAAUAUUUCAGAUUUUCUGCUCAAAACAUACCCUGAUCUGAUAAGAAGCAGUAUGAAAAGCAAAUACUGGGUUAAUGAACAGAGGUAUGGAGGAAUUUCUGUUGGUGGGAAACUUCCUGUUCUGCAUGUGAAAGGGGGAGAUAUUGUUUCCUUUUUCAGUCAAGUUGGUCAAAUGACCAAUGUGACAGCUGGCACGACAACAAAGGCCAUCUCACAGGAACUGCAGACCUUUCUCCAGAAUCUGGAAACCGAAGACAAUAUCAAGGUAUGGUUUAACAAUAAGGGUUGGCACUCUAUGGUUAUCUUCAUAAACGUUGCUAACAAUGCUAUACUACGAGCCAAUCUGGGUGCAGACAAGGAUCCUGAAGAGUUUGGUAUAACUACAAUGAACCAUCCUCUGAAUCUCACAAAGGAUCAGCUUUCUGAAGUCACAGUGUUGACAACCUCAGUGGAUGUAGUUGUUGCAAUCUGUGUGAUUUUUGCCAUGUCAUUCAUCCCAGCCAGUUUUGUUCUCUAUUUGAUUCAAGAGAGAGUGUCCAAUGCCAAGCAUCUUCAGUUCGUCAGUGGUGUUACUCCUGCUAUUUACUGGCUCACAAACUUUGCUUGGGAUAUUAUAAAUUAUGCUAUAAGUGUUGCCAUGGUUGUGAUAAUAUUCAUUGCUUUUGACAAGAAAGCCUACACUUCUUCCAGUAACCUGCCUGCACUGAUUGCAUUGCUAUUUUUCUAUGGGUGGGCUGUGAUCCCUAUGAUGUAUCCUGCCUCUUACUUGUUCAAUGUCCCUAGCACUGCCUAUGUUGCCUUAUCUUGUAUCAAUCUAUUCAUUGGCAUAAAUAGCAGUGCCAUCACAUUUAUCCUGGACCUGUUUGAGAACAACAGGUCUCUGUUGAAGUUCAAUGAGAAGUUGAAGGAUCUGCUUCUUAUCUUCCCACAUUUCUGCCUGGGCCGUGGACUCAUAGAUUUAGCCAUGAACCAAGCAGUGACAGAUGUAUAUGCUCGGUUUGGUGAAGAACAUGUCUCAAAUCCUUUCCAGUGGGAGUUCCUGGGCAGGAAUAUCUUUGCAAUGGCCGUUGAAGGAGUUGUGUACUUUACUUUAAAUCUCCUAAUUCAGCAUCGCUUCUUUUUCAGCACAUGGUUUUCAGAGCCUCCUAAAGGGCUUGUAGAGGGUGAAGAUGAAGAUGUUGCACAGGAAAGGCAGAGAGUUAUAAAAGGGGGAGGAAAAAAUGAUAUUUUAAAACUGAAGGAAUUAACUAAGACAUAUCCAGGGAAACAAAGCCCUGCAGUGGAUAGACUCUGCGUUGGAGUUCGGCCUGGAGAGUGCUUUGGGCUGCUUGGAGUCAAUGGCGCUGGAAAGACGACUACGUUCAAGAUGCUCACUGGAGAUAUUCAAGUAACAUCAGGUGAUGCCUCUGUGGCUGGAUACAGCAUCUUGCAGGACAUUGCCGAUGUGCACCAGAACACCGGAUACUGUCCUCAGUUUGAUGCCAUCGAUGAUCUCCUGACCGGCCGUGAACACCUUCAGCUGUAUGGACGAUUACGAGGUGUACCCGAGGAUGAAAUUGAUAUGGUUGCAGACUGGGGCAUUGAAAAACUGGGUCUUGGAAAAUAUGCCGACAAUCUAACUGGGACAUACAGUGGCGGAAAUAAGCGCAAGUUGUCUACUGCAAUUGCACUGAUAGGAUGUCCUCCAGUAGUGCUUCUGGAUGAACCAACAACAGGAAUGGAUCCUCAGUCACGCCGAUUCUUGUGGAAUUCCAUAGUCAGUAUCAUUAAAGAAGGCAGAGCAGUGGUUUUGACUUCUCACAGCAUGGAAGAAUGUGAAGUUCUUUGCACUCGUCUUGCCAUAAUGGUCAAAGGCACUUUCAAAUGUCUUGGCACCAUACAACAUCUGAAGUAUAAGUUUGGAGACGGUUAUAUUGUGACCAUGAAGGUGAGAGCCUCAAAGCCAGGUUUAGCUCCAGAUCCAGGGCCUGUGGAGAAAUUUAUUCAAACUAACUUCCCUGGCAGCGUGCAAAGAGAAAAACACUACAACAUGUUACAGUACCAGUUAUCCUCAUCUUCACUGGCAAGGGUAUUCCAGCUUCUGAUCUCUAAUAAAGACAGCCUCAACAUUGAGGAGUAUUCUGUGUCACAAACUACUUUAGAUCAGGUAUUUGUUAACUUUGCCAAACAACAAACAGAAGAUGAAGAUAUCCAUUUACAUCCUCGAGCUGCAGGGGCCACACGUGACAUGAAAGUAGCACCUGCUCCACCACUAAAAAAACCCUCACAAUAAAGGACAGGCACAUACUGAAUAGUGGCAGGUAUUUUGUAAAAACCAAAUUGCUUGUUGAGCAGCAAAAUGGUAAAACAAAUAUACACAAGUAAUGAUAGUUCCGGCAGUCACCCCUAGUACACAAGUGAGCAACAUGAGCCAAUGCAGUUACUGUGUUCUAAUUAUGUGGUGAGUUAUCUCAACAGAAUACUCACGUUGGUUUAUCACCAAUACCUAUUAUCUUUAAGCUAAAAAAUAUCAAAUUCAAUAAAAGCAAGCUUACACACAUAAACCAAAAACAUGAAUAGCACAACAACUGCAAAUGGAAACAAAAGCACUUUCACUUUUUUUGAUAGAGAACUUAAUUAAAUGCCACAACCUACUGUGCAACGCUUAAAGUAUUCAAGCUCUACCCUUUAUUAUGUUGAUUAUAGAAAUAAAUGAAAUGAUUUAUAAUUAAUGCACAGUUGUGAUCUGCAAUGCUAAUAAAAGGUAUAGGUUCGAUUAAGAUUUGGAUGCUGCCGGAGGAAUUUUUAAAGAACAAAAUGGUGUUUUUUUAAUUCUUACUGACGGCAGAGCUACUGUUUAGUAUGAGGUUCAGAUACUGCAGGUCAUAUUACUAAGUCACCAUUCUUAAUAGAAGUAUCUAUGGAUGGCAAAGCUAGGGGCACCUUCUAUUGGCUGUGGACCCAUUAAAGCAAGAAAGCGCCAUAGUUUUCACUGAUUAAGUUUCACUACCAUAAGAUUUAGUUCUUUGCAUUGACGCUUUUUUCUGUUAGCUACAAAGAAUAUUUUUUAAAUAAAACUCUGAAAUAUUUUAGAGCUGCAGUGAAGAAACAACAAAUAAAUGCUGCCAUAUCAGAACCAGCCUACCCAUAGCAAAAAUCCUGCUGUCCAAUAAUGUCCUACCUUAUUAUAAAAUAAUCUCCUAUUUAAAAGGCAUUAAAUAGCAUAUGACACAUUGUAGUAAUGCUAUAUAAUGGCAAGCUACUUUUUCAUUUUCCUGGGCCCUAUAAAUUUGUUAGACAGCUUAUGAAAAUCUCAUUCCUUUUAGAAUUGUAGAGCAUCUUAAGGGCCAUAGUUCAGAUAUCCAUUUCAUAUUGGACAAAACUAGAGACAAGCCUGUGCAUGUGAGUUGGGUUUGGAUUAUUAUCGCUAUGGUGAUUAACGGUCUCUUCAUAAUCAUACUAAGUCCCUAUUGGAGGCAAAAUUAUCCUAUUGGGUUUACUAAAUAUUGAAAUUAUUUUUCUAGUAGACUUAAGGUAAUCCAAAUGACAAAAAGACCCCUUAUAUGGAAAACCUGAGGUCCCAAACAUUCUGAAUAACAGGUCCCAUACCUUAACUAACAUAAACCUGUUACAGGUAUGCAUUCUUCUGCUCAACAGGAUUUAUAUUCACGUCUACUAUUUGUAAUGAAAUAAAAGACUUUUCCUAAA